AUGACGUUUGGUAAAUCCGAUCGAUUGAGAGAAAGAAAUGUAUACGAUGAUUCAGUGUGUAUAUGGCUGGGAUUUUUUCAUGUCUUGUAUUUUUAA